UAAACAAACUUUCGAAACCGGUUGUUGAGGUACUUAUCGGCUCUUAUCGGGCUUAUCGGGUGUUAUUAAGCUAAAUUCGCCAGAACGGUGAAUACAUUAUUAAUUAUCUCGUAGUUGCGUUAUUAUUUCCUUCAUCUUUCGUUGACUGUUUCACUAUAUACAGUGAAGAAAACGCUAUCUUGUCACCAGGGCGUAUCAAUUGUGCAGUGGCUGCGAGUACUCCUAUGAACUAAGAUCUACUGUCGUGCAACGUCGUGUGAACUUUGCUCCGUUUAUUGCGUGUUGGAAUUGAUCAGUUUCAGGAAGAAACAUGAUAUCUAAACUGUUCAACGAGUCGUCCACCAGUGGUACAAACGCCCGCAAUGCGCUUCUGGUUGCAGCUGGGAUCGGUGUGGCCACCCUAGUCGGAUACGGUGCCUAUCGGUGCUUGAAAAAGCACCUGGAAAACAUCCCACCAGCCAAAUGGCGCCGUGUGGGUGAGGUGACCGAUCUAAACAUCUACCCGAUCAAAUCGUGCGGCGCAAUUCGAGCGAGCGAAAUCGAUUGUUCCGUAAUCGGACCGCGGGUGCAUUUGAUGCGAGAUCGAAUUUUUAUGGUGGUCCAAACCGAUGGCACGUUCAUCACGGGCCGCAGCCAUCCGCGGAUGGUGCUGGUGCAGCCGAAGUUUGACAAAGCGUUCGAAGUGAUGACACUGUCGGCACCGGGCAUGCUGGAUAUCGUAAUCGACGUGCGGCGACUGUUUCCGAUCGAACCGGUGAAAGCCUCCGUUUGGGGCCAAACGGUCACUGCCGUCGACUGUGGCGAAGAGGUGGCUCGGUGGCUUUCGCGCUUUUUGCUCAGUGAAGAUUUUGGCCUGCGGUUGGUGUUCUAUCCGUACGAGCACUCCACUCGGGUGGUACGGGAGAAGAAUAGGAUCUUUCCCUAUUUGACACCGCGGGAUUCGGGCGCACUGCAUGAUUCGACGAGUUACAUGUUAAUUUCCGAAGCAUCCGUCUCGGACGUGAACGCCAAGUUGGAGAAACCGGUUACGGCUUUGCAGUACCGGCCGAACUUUGUCGUGAAAGGACCGAUUGCCUACGAGGAGGACGACUGGCAGUGGGUUAGGAUUGGCGAAACCGUUUAUAGGAAUAUAAAACCUUGUACUAGAUGCAUCUUUAUUAACGUUGAUCCCGAAACUGGUAUAUCCAGUUCGACUGCUGAGCCACUGAAAACCCUCAAAACAUACCGCCGAAAACCGAAAAUCGGCGACAAUCCCGUGCUGGGAAUGCAAAUGGGCGUCAAGAAGGAAGGUACGGUACGGCUUGGCGACCCCGUAUACGUCGGAUGCUAAUAUAUAGCAAUAUGGUAAUGUUUUCCACCUCUAGCAAUAGACCUAUACGUUAUUUUUUCUAAAGUAUUCAAAGCUACCAGCUAACGCAUUUUGCUCAGCUGCUGCUGCUGCUGCUGCAGCGACCAAAUUUGUAUUAUUUUUAACUCCUCGGAUGCGGGCAGUCACAGAAGAAAGAACACCGAUAGAAAUAUAAGCAUCAAAGCAUGGCAUCAGUGAGUAUUUAUUUA